UAUUAUAAUUUACUCAUAAAUUUAUUAUACAAUGCUUGUAUGAUAGAAAAUUAUGCAUGAAAUCUGUUAGAGGAUUGUUCCAUCUCCCUUCUGUAUAAUAUAGACAAUGAACGAUCUGAAGUACAUCACCUAUUAACAUUAGCCUUGAGUUAUGUAACAGCAAAAGAUACAAGCAUAAGCUUGCCGAUGAAUGGAGCUUAAGAUUUGUGACAGUCUCUGCCUCCCACCGACUGUCACUCGACGCUAUUGUUGACAUUUUGCACAGAAGGGAAACAGUUUGAGCAUUCAUGAACUGUUCAAGGGAAUUUUACAUCCCUUUUAAAUAUUCAUGUGAAUAGAAUUAGUUUAUCGUCAAAUGAUGAGUUCACCGGUGUCCAUAAACAACAAUGGCCCUACGCCUGGUGCUACUGGUAUGGAAACAGUGGUGGCUGUAGCACUCGGUGCCCUGGCUGCUGUUUUCCUUGGAGCUCUCUUAGUUCUGCUUGUUAUUUGCAAAAGACAACGGUGUUACUAUAAUCAGAAAGACUCUCCAGACUUGAGCUCAGACUUGCUAGAAGGAGAGAAUUAUUCUGGCUUGGGCUUAGACGCGUGGGAAAGCGAGGAAUGGUUGGCUGGAGCAGAGAGGUGGGUCGACGACGCUACCGGUCUAGCCCCACUGUGCAUAGCUGUCUUGAGAUCUUGUCACGCUUUGGCUUCAAGCCUCACCGCUAUCGCAGGAACAGUGAACAGUAACACGGUUCCAUUGGAAAUAGUGGACGUUGCUAGACGUAUUCCACCUAGAGUCGACGAUGUGGUCAGAAGUUUGUAUCCGCCGUUAGACGCAAGACUUUUGGAAGCUAGGGUAGCGGCAUUGGUGUUGGCUGUGACGCACUUGGCAUUGGUUACUAAGCACGGAGUAUCGAAAAGCCACGCUAGGAAAUUAGCAUUCAUCGACCAAGCUUUGAGCGACAUGGACUCUCAUUUAUCAAUUCUGAGGAAUGCAGCACUGGCGCAGGAGGUAGCGUGCUCAGUCCCAGCUUCCACGCCAGUGUGAUUAACAUCCUGAUGCGGUAAACAUUUCUUCCAGUAUUCGCUGUUUUUAUAUCCCUCCGUGGUUUUUGGGUAUUCGCGCUAAGCUUGGUAGACUCGUCUACCGUCGACGAGUUUCCGAUUCACCUAAGAUCGAAAAGUAUACACAGUGUUAUGAAAACGUUACGCGUUAAUGUAUUUCUAUUUUUAUUAUGUCAAGGUCCAAAACCCAAUAGUGCAAUUCAAGGUUUCCUAUCGACGAUGUUCGGUGCUUUACAUUGUAUCUAAUUGUAGUUAUUAUAAAAAAUGGAUACAUUAUUUUUCAAUGACGUAUUAAAAAAUAUCGUGAGAUAUACAUUUAAACAUUUUUUUCUUGCGACAAGAGAACGCUAGUUGUUGACAUGGAUAUGCGCGGAAUUCGUUAGUCUUCCAUUGUUCUACUAUUCGAGUGUUUAUGUAUAAGGUAAAAACUAUAUCUCGAAGACCAUGUCAAUUGUAUUAAGUAUUUAUAAGUGUUUGUACACAUAUUUUGUAUAUCUAUGAGAAAUGAAAUUAAUUUAUAGAUAAAUAGGACUUUGUAAUAAAGCUGAAUAUUUCGAGUA